AUGAGUAGAACUCAAGUUAUGAUCAAAUUAGUGAAGACUGGUCCAGACGGCCUUAUCGAGCAUUCGCAUCCUGAGCCGCGCACACCGGCCGAUCAAGGAACGAACGUACCGCGAUCGUGCCACGCAUAUCAUCCGCGUCCCGCCAAGUCCACGGCCGAUCCCAUGUACCGACCCGGGAGGCAUUGUCCCGCGGUCGGCCAAAUCACUUUCACACGGCCAAAGCUGCGCGACCGUACCGCGCGAACAGGAAGGCAACGUCUCGCGGCCGCGCGGCACAACUCACGUACCGCGCAACCAGGAAGGCUUCACCCCGCGUCCGGCCAAGAUUCAUCGGCCAAAACCUUUCAUCCGUCCGACCCGUCGGCCGAACACGAAAACUCUCGGCCACGAUCGUUCCGACCAUGCCGUAGCCGACCACGACCCGACGACCGGCGAAUGUCCCGACCGACCGUCUGA